AAAAUUAUUAUGUCUUGUUUCCAAAAAAUCUAGAACUUGAAAGAUUGAUGCAGAACCGGGAGGAAAAGAAACUGUUUUCAUUUCAGUACCUGGUUCUAGGUUAUACUGAGUGGUGUUGUGAUUGUGACAAUGGUGUAUUAAUGAAAUAAUUCUAUGGGCGUGUAUGAAGAAUAUUUUUUGAGAUUUAUAUAAUAAAACAACAGUUAAAAUGUCGACAGUUCUUUUAGCCGUAGUUGCCGUUAUUUUGUGCAUUCUUUUCCGAAUAUUAAACGUUAACAGCCAGCCUUAUAAACCCGUCAUUUACGGAAGAGACAGGAAUUUUAUUGAAAAUAUUUUAUUUAUUGCGCCCUUUUUGAAUGAACCUUAUACACCAACAAGAUUGUGGGGCUUCAGUGGUCAUGUACAGACAAUACUUCACAGUCUGAUUGGCCGAGUGAGGUGCCCCUGGCCAAUUGGUGGCAGGAUAUCACUGGUUCUACCUGACAAGUCCACACUAACAUAUGAUCUCUAUGAACCAGUUGGAUCUGAACGGGAAGAUGACGUCACUGUCGCGAUCUGCCCUGGAAUCGGCAACACAUCUGAAAGUGUCUACAUCCGUACCUACGUGCAUUACUCGCAAUGCCACGGCUACCGCUGCGCCGUGCUCAACCACAUCGGCGCCCUCGCCAGUGUACCCGUCACCGGAGCCCGCAUAUUCUCUUACGGUCACACAGACGACUUUGGUUACAUGGUUGAUAAUUUAAUAGAACGAUACCCAAACACCAAAUUAAUUCUAGUCGGAUUCAGUCUAGGAGGUAAUUUGAUAUCGAAGUAUUUGGGCGAGGACAGGAAGCGACCUCUUAAUAUUGUGGGAGGAAUCUCAAUAUGCCAAGGAUACAACGCUAUUGACACGAUGGUUCAUCUUCUGCAAUGGCAAAAUUUCCGUCGUUUCUACUUGUAUAUAAUGACUGAUAACUAUCGUAAUAUUAUCACACGACACAAGCGCAUCCUGCUCAGCCAAGAGAUGAAGACCAGAUACUCUUUAGAUGAGAAUAUGAUCGUAUCCGCAGGUACACUGCCUGACUUAGAUGAAGCCUAUUCAAGGCGUGUGUACGGGUUUGAAUCUGUAACGGAUUUGUACAAAUGGAGUUCCUCAGCAUUCUACCUCGACAAUAUAAAAACCCCAAUGGUGUUCAUAAACGCGCGAGAUGACCCCAUUGUUCCUGAACAGCUGUUGCCUGUUGCACGGGAAUUUGUUAGUUCACACGAUAAAGCGAUGUACUUAGAGCUAGCGCACGGGGGGCACUUAGGAUUCUAUGAAGGUGGGCUGGUGUACGCAAACCCAGUGACGUGGCUGGACCGCGCCCUCGUCGGCCUUGUGGGGGGUCUCCUCAUGGCACAUGAUAAGUGCGCCCCUAAGGACGCCCCCCUCCUUGAUGCUAUCCCCGAUGAAGACGAGCCGGACUUGAUCAAAUCCGCAACCAUCAUCUAUCGGGAUCCCCUCGACAAAACUCAAAAGGUCUAAUUAUUUAUAUUCCUACUUUUAAAGGAGGCCUUUGUUCAUGAUUAACGGUAGUUUAAAACAGUGAUUUUCAAACUUUGUGAUAAAUUAAAUUUUUUGAUGCUUCAUAACACCCUGUAUACUCCAUCCAAGAGUUGAAAACCACUGUUUUAUACUAACUCUGAUUUAAAGGGUGAUUUUAUGUCGCCAAAAACGGCAUAGCCUUGGCGAUUUAUUAUUUUAUAGUUGUUUGCUUCAUAGCUAGUGUAUGUUAGCUGAAACAGUAUUCAAUGUUCUACAGAAUAUAGUUUUAGGUUACAAAAAAGGGCAUUGUAUCGCUCCAACAACUAGAGAGCUUAAAGUAUCAAAAUUUUUGUUCCUUAGCUGAUCUUAAAAUGAAGAAAUUGUUGGCAUUUGACUUAGUUUUUUGUCACCAAAGUGGAUUUGCAUAUUGAUAAGCAAGGAGUGUUUAAUGAGUUUGAUAAAUCGCCAAUUGUGUUGUUUGUUUUAUAUGUAGUGGUAUAAAUAUACAGUUAAGUGCCUUCACAAAGGUUAUUUUGUAAUAAAUAUAUGUUCUAUAUUUGUCAUCUGAAUAUAAAUUGUUAUCUCACCUCGUUGACCGAGUUGAUAUAAUUAACAAAUAUGUAUAGGAUUUUAUACAUCAUGUUGCAAUUUAUUUUAUACGGCCAAUAUUUAUUUGUGUUCAAAAUACUAAACAGUUUGUGAUAAUUGGCAACACUAAAAAUAUUCCAAUAUGCAUUUUGAUAUAUAUUAUUUAAUUAGUAAUUAAAUUAGGUCAAAUUGAUAAAGAUUGUGUUAUGAUUUGACGCACAUUUACGAUGAGAUUAUCUGCACAUUAUUUUUUAUUUGUAAAAUGUGAUAUCCAAAUACCAAAAUAUCAUGGCGAGACAUGUAUUGACACUUUCAUAGUUUACAUUGUUUUGUUAAAAAAAUAUAUACAAAAUUGUGUCAAUACGAGUGUCAUCGUAGUCGAAACACACACAAUAGUCGAGUCUGGAUAAGUAGGAGUUCAAGGAACUGCGAUUUGUCUCGCGUGUAAAAGUUUCUCGCUUAUGGAGUUUGUCCGAUGGAACCGGACAACGUAUCUCGGUUAUAGAGUUUUCUCGCUUAUCCAGGUUUGACUGUGUUGAUAAUAUACAAAUCAGAAACAGUACAAGAAUUCAUAGCACAAUUAGUUUUGGAAAUUAUAUAGUAUUAAAAAUUAACAUGUAAUUACUAAUUGAUUUAUUUAUAUAUUAGAAAAGAUAUGU